AGGUGGAGGGGGCUCUGGUGCUGCUGAGGAGGAUGGUGGACGAUGGAGUGCCGAUGCAGCUUUCGACACACGUGUACGUGAUUGAUUCGCUGCUGAACGCGAGCUUUUACUAUCAGACGGUGAAGUUUGUGAGGAGCUUUAGCAGGAGGGACACGUGGCUGGAUAAGGAGAAUUUCGGGAGCUUGGCGUAUCGGCUCAUCAAGUUGAAGAGGUUUGACAAGGCAAAACUGGUCUUGGACGAAAUGAAAUCCAGGGGUUUAGAUAUGGGCGAGAAAUUGAAGGAGAAAUAUGAGAUUAUUUAGUGUUAAUCAAAUGAUUUGUUUUCUCAAUUAGUUAGUGUUAACAGGCGUUUUCCACAGUAAACCGGAGACUAAACAAAUGCUGACAGUGAAACCGAGCUAAAACCAUCGACAACGUCGUACAUGGUUAAAUUAAAGAGGUCAAUGGUAUGGUAGUCCGUCCAACCCCGAUAGAGGAGCUGACGUCACCGCCGGUACAAUGGACGGCCAGAUUUCCAUUUCCUUCUCAGUCCGAUCUUUUUCCUCAUCUUUCGGUCGACACCCAACCCAUCAUUAUUACCCACACCAAAAAAUCCCGCUGUUUCUCUCUUUCUCCACCACCGCCCGAACCGAACCCGAAACCGUUCAUGCAUCGCCCGACCCGGACCCGAGCCCCCGGUGGCCGGGAUGACUGUUGGAGCGAGGGCGCCACAUCGACGCUAAUCACGGCGUGGGGCGACCGUUACAUCCAGCUGAACCGCGGCAAUCUCCGUCAGAAUGACUGGAAGGAGGUGGCGGACGCCGUUAACUCUGGACUAAACGGCGGCGUCAAGGCGCCCAAGACGGACGUCCAGUGCAAAAACCGCAUCGACACCCUGAAGAAAAAGUACAAACUCGAAAAGUCAAAGCCUAGCCCUUCCACGUGGCCCUUCUACCACCGCCUCCACUCCCUCAUCGGCUCUUCACCGGACGCCGCCGUUUCGACCAAAAGAAAGCCCACAAUUCCCACUCUCACUGUAAAAUCCCCAGACCUUAAGCCUAAGCCCCCGGGUGGGUCCAGGGAGAGCUCAAUUGGAUGCGAAGAUGGUGAGGAUUGUAAUGGUGAUAGUGUAAGGAAGCGUCGGAUGGAGGCGGUGGGGUUAUCGGGUGGAGCGGCGUGCAGGGAAUUGGCGGGGGCAAUAUUGAAAUUUGGGGAAUUAUACGAGAGGAUGGAGAAUUUGAAACAGGAGCAGAUGAUGGAGCUGGAGAAGCAGAGGAUGGAGUUCACAAAAGAACUCGAGUUCCAGAGGUUGAAUAUGUUCAAGGAUGCUCAGGUCGAGCUGGAGAAGAUGAAGCGCCCCAAGUAUGCUCCUUGUAGAGGAAAGAAGUUAUAAGCUGAGGUUGACUCUCCGUUUUCAAAUGGGAAGUUGUUUCUGUCAAGCCACAAAUCAGACCAUGUAAGAAAUCUAAGUGGAAAGCUCGAUAUCCAGUUCGCUACUUCUGAAGUACACAUCAUGAGCUCCAUGAUUUAUAUAUCUGCAGUUUCAAGUUCAAGGCUUUGGAGGCCUAUGUUUAUGAAUUAUUGUAAUGUUUCUGGUGUACAUGAUUGGUUGUUAGCCCUACAGACUUCUUGUACUUUUAUGUUUCUGCAGUGUAAUAUUAUUUGUUUGUUGAUAAUGAUCAAGCUCCAUUCAUAGAUUACAUGGAUUGUAUCAGCUUUUCUCUUGAAUGGCAAUGCUAAUUUGAUCA